AUGCUAAGAAACAAAUUACUAGAUUACACAAAUAUAGUUCGCAUUCCACUAACGACUGGCAAGGGAUUUUGUAGAUAUUACUCAAAAACAAAUAUCAAUAAUACAAGUAAGUAUAAAAGGUGGUUCGAAUUGACGAAAACUGAGAAACAAAGUUUUAUAAGAGCAUUUGUUGAUAACUAUAAAAAGCAAUAUCCAAAAUCAAGAACAAAUUUAUCAUUGAGAGAACUAUCAAACGAUAUGACUAAAUUUGAUGACUCUCCUUCUGUGUUCGGUAUAUUUUAUAAUGACAUUUGGAAAGAGGUAACGAAUACUAGCAAAUCUGAUGGAUCCAACAAGCAUGCACAGGGUGAUAGCAGAUUUGCACAUCCUACUUUUAAAACCUUGUUGAUAGAUGUCGAAAGCAAACAGCAUUGA